AGAGCCGGUUCGUCUGUGACCCGCUUCUUCAUCCGGCUGCUUCUCAACGGAACAACACACGGUGGCACUGUGUUUGAAGAUGACGGCUCCCGGCUUUUGUCGUCUCUUGGCUGUGCUCCUCAUCACACUGUCCCACACAUCGUACAGCUCUGAGAUCCCAUCUGAAAAUUCCAAAAAGAGUCUGACCCGGUCUUCCUCCUCUGACUCCAAGCAAGACCAAGAUAUGGGACUUCUGGGCGGUAGCCAACGACGGAGACACUGGCCACGUAAAGACAGGGAUAGUGUUGGGCUUCACUCGCAAAGGCCACUGGAUCGACCGGAGGAGGAUGGGACAAGUCUGGAGGGUCUGAGCCCUGUAAGGCUGGAGAUGGGGCCUGGGGACAGUAUGAGGACGGAGGUUCAUGAGGAGGUGAGGGGUACUGCUCAUAUGCGGCGGGGAAAUCAUCCACCGGAGGGAGAGUUCAAUCGUAAAGGCAGGAGACAUGGUCACGGGCAUCAGGCUGAUCACAGAAAGCAGGGAGGCAAAAGAGACAAAGGUCGAGCUAAAGGGGAUCUCUAUGACCCUGAACCAGAAUUAGGCUCCUUGUUGCAGGAUAUGAAUGCAUUUGAGGAUAGUUUUUACACCUCCCCGCCCAAUCACGGCAAUGCCCCACUCACUGAAGCUCCCUCCCCUCUCUUCCCCAUUUUGGUAACCACGGCAAUCAACGAGCAUCCCCCAACACUGUCCCCAGCCUCCACCAAACCCAAGGUACCCUGGCAAGCAGAAGCGUCCUUGAAUAUGAAGAAGUCGGGUCGAGGGAAGGCUCAAGGGGAGGUGAUGCCGACUCUGGACAUGGCCCUCUUUGACUGGACUGAUUAUGAGGAUAUGAAGCCUGUAGACACUUGGCCAGCCAACAAAAGAAAAGAUAAACGUCGUGGCAAAAACAAAAGUAAUGGGAACGCAACGCUUGAUGCUGAUGUCAUUGACCCAUGUGACCAUCAUCUCGACUGCCUCCCUGGUUCCUGUUGUGACCUGCGAGAACAUGAGUGCAAACCUCACAAUCGCGGCCUAAACAACAAGUGUUAUGAUGACUGCAUGUGUGAGGAGGGUCUGCGUUGUUAUGCCAAGUUCCACCGCAAGAGGAGAGUGACCCGAAGACGGGGCCGCUGUGUGGAGCCAGAAUCAGCCAACAGCAACCAAGGAGCCUUCAUCACCAUCUGACAUAUAGAGAGAUACCCCAUGACUGAUGAUGGACUGAGCUUUGAAGAAUGUGGGUCAACGUUAAACGUCCUCAGCCCACAGUAUAAAUGUACAUACACUGUUCAUCUGCCUGUCAGGGUUGUGCACCAUCCAGAAUUAAAUUUAGAAUGGCUUUUAAAUUCUUGAAUUUGAAUUGAGGUAGCAAUCAGUAUACAGAAUUGUAAUUUGAAACCGAAAGUAGAAUUUUAUUUUUCAGUUUGAAUUAACCACGAAUAUUGUCACACACAACAUAUGGGAUAUUUCUAGAAACUCUAGAUGAUAUUAAUAAUAAAAUUUUGAAAUGCCACCUAUUAAAAUCAAAUACUUUUUUGGACCAUGGAAUUAAUCAAAGCCAACUAAUAAAUGGACCACUGACUUUUCUAAUAUGAUUUUAUUAUUAGUACACUUGUGUGGAUAAGCUCAAUAUAUAAUGUAGUUGAUAGAUUCAAAUUUGGUCAGUAUUUAUUUUUUAUAAAAUUAUUUGAAAACAAUUUGAUGAUUUUUUGUGAUGCAUGGUGGCAUAAUUAAAAUCUGGAAAAAAAAAGACGCCUCUACCUACAAUUUUGCAAAACUCUAAAAGCAUACCUUUACACACAAUUCAUCAAAGUUUCCAGCUGAAAUGAACACUAGAGUCAGUAAAAUGGCAGCAACUUUUUUAUUUAUUUUCAAAAUGAUGAUUAUGGGGACAGAUUUUCUAUUAAUAACAAAUAUUUUUGUGUGGUUCCUUGCACAAUAUUAUAGCAUAACCUCAAAAUGCUUUCACCAUAGCACAUGAUUUGUAAAUAAAUACAUUUUGACAUUGGC